ACACUACAGCUGACAUGAAGCUGAACUCUUAUGUAGUAUCUGCCAGCGUCACCAAUGCUACAGUAAGCAACCUUGAGAUCCCAGUGAUGGUCACGCUCCGUCAUCUCCAAAACAAAGAGGAUUGGGACACUGUCAAGUGUGUCUACUGGGACUUCAACAAAAACAAUGAUAAAGGUGGAUGGAAUGAUACAGGAUGUGAGACGGUGCUGUCUAAUGCCACUUAUACGUCCUGUUCCUGUGAUCACCUCACACAUUUUGGAGUUCUUCUGGAUAUCUCUAAAACCCCAAUAAGUGCGAAAGAUGAAAGGAUUCUUACCAUCAUCUCGUACCUGGGCAGUGGCAUAUCCUGCAUCUUUCUUGGAGUCACACUGUUGACCUAUUUGGCCUUUGAGAAACUGAGGCGAGACUACCCUUCAAAGAUCCUUAUUAACCUCUCCGUCGCCUUGCUAGGGUUGAACAUGCUCUUCCUGGUGAACUCCUGGCUUGCCUCUUAUAACAGCAGUGCCAUCUGUAUUACUGUAGCAGCCUUUCAACAUUACUUUUUCCUGGCUACCUUUACGUGGAUGGGACUGGGUGCAAUCAACAUGUAUCUGGCUUUGGUCAAGGUCUUUAACUCAUACGUGCCAUCUUACAUCCUCAAAUUCUGUGCACUUGGAUGGGGUGAGACAAACAGUUUUAUGCUUUUUUCUCUUCAAAUUUUAUACUGAAUAAUUUCAGUUGAGUUAAACGUGCAUAAAAACUAAGAAAAUCAAGGAAAAGUUUUGUGUUUGUUAAUUCUUGAACUGUUGUUUGCAGGUUUACCUCUGCUGGUUGUAAGUUUGGUGCUUGCCAUUGAUAUUAAUUCAUAUGGCACCAUGCUCUCCAGAGCACUUCACCAGGAAUCCCCUGCAUUUUGCUGGUUAAGGAAUGACGUGACCUUUUAUGUGACGGUGGUUUCCUUCGUGACCCUGGUCAUGGUCUGUAACAUCUGCGUGUUUGUGGUGGUGCUGGUACAGAUCCGUAAAAUGCAGGUCAAUAAGCCCUCCAGCAGCCGAAAAGGGUUCCUGCAUGACCUGAGAGUGGUGGCCAGUCUCACCUUCCUGCUGGGACUUACCUGGAUACUAACCUUUGUCGCCUGGGGCCCAGCCAAAACACCCCUGAUGUACUUGUUCUCCCUCUUCAACAGUCUUCAAGGUUUCUUUAUCUUCCUGUUUUAUUGUCUGAUGAAAGACAAUGUAAGGAAGCAGUGGAGGAUACAUCUCUGCUGUGGAAGAUUCAGACAGUCUGAAUACUCAGACUGGAGCCGCUCUGUGACACCGGGGGCCAAAGCGAAAGGUGGUCUAAAAGUCUCCUCACCGUCCAUGAAGUCAGAGACUACUAGUGAAACGAAGAGCUCCGAUACCUCGAACUCAGGGACCAGCCAUAAUGCUGUUUUCCUGACACAGGACAGAAAACAAUAAAAAGCGUGAAUAUGACUUCUGUGUAUUCGAUUUCUUUUUGUGUUUGUUAAAUGACAUGUUUGGAAAUCUCCAGCAGGUUUCAUUAAGUUUUUUCUCUCUC